CAAAUCUGCUGCACUGCAUUGUUGCCCUGUGUGCCGAAGACUACCCAUUGAAGGUCACCUCACUUUCAGCUUUCAGAACGGACUUGCCAAAAUGCAGCAAUUCUGCUAUGGACUGACUAACCCUUCACUCCUGGGACUCUGCCCAAUUCCUCUUAUCCUAGUCCUUCUGAUCACAGAUCAGAACAAUUCCUUUCUUCCCCCUAACAUUUUAUUCUAAAGCCUCUAGCUCCUUAGGUCCAUAACUACUGAUUUCAACUGUUGUCUGGCCGUGCUGCUGGUGGCUUAGGAAACCUGUCCCAGGACCUCUUUCACCUCUUAGCAUGUGUCAGCGCCAUCAACCAUUGUUUCAGAGGCCUCUUUGAGACUGGGACAUUGAUUUGAUACUUGGCAGUUCCCUGCUGCAUUGAGUUUGGGUCUUUUCCUUGGGCAAGGCAGAUGGGCCUACAGCUCUAUUUUUGGAGGCCACAGAGAGUGGCGAUUUCACAUGCAGCUCCUGGAACGUGCAUUUUGGAGUAUUAGGGCAGCGAGUCUGUUGAGAAGCACAGCAGAAGAAAUCCUGGGCCAACCCUUUAUGUGCUGUGUCAGACUGGCUUAUUAUCCACCCUCCUGACUCCAGGGUCAGUCAGGUGAGUAGGUCACUGAAGGACCCUCUCCAGAGGGACUUUUGGCAGGCUGUCCUUUGACCAGGGCAGCUAGCCUUCCAGCGACUUCAGGUGCGUGACUAAGAUUUCCGGCUCAGGCGUGCCCCGGGCCUUUCCGGGCCAGGCAGCCGCCCCCGCGCCGCCAUGCUGGAGCCUGCUUCCUGGCGGGGACGAUAAGAUAGGUUGCGGUGGCACUGGUCCAGCGCUGGAGCUUCAGCGCCCUCUGAUGGGCAAGCCUGGGAGGGCGGGGCCCAUGCUCGGAUGCCCCGCCCCACCAGACCUUGGGAGCGGGCGGGGCUGCAGCACGGGUUACCCGCAGUGGCUGUCCAGGUUUCGCAAGGACGUGACCUUGAGAGGGAAAAAGUCCCCUGGUGCGUCACGAGUGGUUGCUAACCCGGGCUAGCGAGCUGAACUAGUUUUCGAAAUCCAGAGAGGUGGGAAGGAAUAGGGACUUAAACGUUCAUACUGGGGACUCGUGGCCAGCUGCCCCUCUACGACCGACCGCCAAGGCACGCUUUGUGCGCAGGACCCGGAAUCCGACCUCACUGCCAGCUCUACCUUCCUGAGCCACAAGGACCUUUGCAACACUGGUGGUUACAGACUGUGUCUACCACUCCCACUUAACCUACGGAUAAGGACUUAUGUGGGAUGGGGGGGGGAUGCUUCAUUCACCUAUGUUACUUUUACUCACCCCAUCCCAGUCAUUCCUUCCUGUGGUUGUUUGAUUAGGAAUAGGGGCCCUCAUAGACUCAUGUGUUUGAAUGCUAGGCCCAUAGGGAGUGGUACUAUAGGAGGUGUGACCUUGUUGGAGUAGGUGUGGUUUGUCUAAGGAAGGUUGUCUCUGGGGGUGGGCUUUGAGGUCUCCUAUGCUCAAGCUAUACCCAGUGUGGCACAGUCUUUCCCUGCUGCUUUCGAUCAUAGAACUCUUGGCUCCUCCAGCACCAUGCCUGCCUAGAUGCUGCCAUGUUCCCACCUUGAUGCUAAUGGACUGAACCUCUGAACCUGUAAGCCAGCUCCAAGUAAAUGUUUGCCUUUAUAAGAGUUGCCUUGGUCACGGUGUCUCGUCACAGCAAUGAAACCCUAACUAAGACACUUCGUAUCAGAGGUUAGACCAGUUCAGUCAUAUUUUUGCUUUCAAGGUCCAAAUGUAAGAAACUGGUAAUUCCCCAGGGUAUUGUGGCCUUGAUGGCUGAAUCCACAAACAGAGCCCUUAUUAUGGGAAGGGAAUGUCAAAUUUCCUCUCAGCAGAGUGAGAAUUUGGCAUGUUUUCAUGGAUGUCUUACAAGGGAACAGCAGCCAACCCUCCACCCCCACUCAGGCCUGGAGGAGCUGCUGGGACCAGGAGCAUGUAGGACAGCUGAACUGUGGAUCAGUGGUCAGAGAAACAUGUCCCUGCUGUCUGUCCAGGAAUCAGUCUCGGCAGCCCCUUAGGCAGAGGAAUCUCUCAGAGUCUGGGUUGCGAGCAGGCUGCCUGAGUUUCAGCAUUCCUAACCAGCUCCCAGUACUGCUACAGCUAUCGCCUCUGCUGCAUCCACAAACCAAACAGAGCAGCAAGAGCUUACAUCCUUGCCUGAUGGGAUUGUAAGACCUCAGAUUCGGAAUUUGACACAGGACUUAAUGGCCUUAGGCCAAGCAUGGCCGCAAGCCUCAACACCAAAGCUUCUUGCCUGCUGGGAAGGGCCUCUGCCACCUUCUGUUUGGGGAUCAUCCGCCUUUCCAAAGAGAUGAAAUCAGCAGUUUGCAAUUUGGGCAAAACACGGUUAUGUUAAACUGCCUGGUCCCCACUACAGCCCUCUAAAGUUACAUAAUGUGUCCUUGUUACAAAGACCUAUAAUACCAUUUGGUAGCGGGAAGCGGAUUGCAGACUGCUUAUUGCUGAUGGGUGGGGCUAGGGCUGGGGUCAGGGAACUGGGCAGAAUGUGGGAAGGGUUUAAAGCAAAAAAGGGGCCUGGCAGAUGGAGAGGGCAGGAAGGCUCUGGUAGCCAAGGCUUGGGGAUAAAACUGAUUGGUUUGUCAGCAAAAUCUGUCAUUGGCUUUGGCAAUUCAAAAGGCAGACACGUUUGCUCAUCUCUGCUAAUCCUCAUCCGAUACCGAGGCUUUUCCAGCUACUAUCUGAAAGAAAAAUAAACAGUCAACCCUGCAUGCAUGCACAGUCCUUGCUCUUUGCCCCUGUGUGCUCCCUGCUCCAGCCUUUAUUUCUUCUUUCACCAUUUCUUGGGAGAUGGAGGGGCUGGGGGCACUAUGGGCAGACCUCCAGGAUGGUAGGGAUCCUACAGCUGAGUGGCUCUAAGCCACCAGGUGCAAGGAAGGCCAAGGGAUGCUGAUCCUGCUUCUUCAUGCGGUGGUCUUCAGUCUGCCCUACACCAGGGCCACCGAGGCCUGUCUGCGGGCCUGCCCUGCGGCCUGCACCUGCAGCCACGUGGAACGUGGCUGCUCAGUGCGCUGUGACCGUGCGGGCCUCCAGCGGGUGCCCCAGGAGUUUCCGUGCGAGGCGGCCUCCAUCGAUCUGGACCGGAAUGGCCUGCGCAUCCUGGGCGAGCGGGCCUUUGGCACGCUGCCGUCGUUGCGCCGCCUGUCGCUGCGCCACAAUAACCUGUCCUUCAUCACGCCCGGCGCCUUCAAGGGCCUGCCGCGGUUGGCCGAGCUGCGCCUGGCGCACAACGGUGAGCUGCGCUACCUGCACGUGCGGACCUUCGCGGCGCUGGGCCGCCUACGCCGCCUGGACCUGGCGGCCUGCCGCCUCUUCAGCGUCCCCGAGCGUCUCCUGGCCGAGCUGCCGGCCCUGCGCGAGCUCACGGCCUUCGACAAUCUCUUCCGCCGGGUGCCCGGCGCGCUCCGGGGCCUCGCCAACCUGACGCACGCUCAUUUCGAGCGCAGCCGCAUCGAGGCCGUGGCCUCCGGCUCGCUGCUGGGCAUGCGGCGUCUGCGCUCGCUCAGCCUGCAGGCCAACCGCGUGCGCGCGGUGCAUGCCGGGGCCUUUGGCGACUGCGGCGCCCUGGAGGACCUGCUGCUCAACGACAACCUGCUGGCCACGCUGCCCGCCGCCGCCUUCCGCGGCCUUCGCCGCCUGCGCACCCUCAACCUGGGCGGCAACGCGCUGGGCAGCGUGGCACGCGCCUGGUUCUCAGACCUGGCAGAGCUCGAGCUGCUUUACCUGGACCGCAACAGCAUCACCUUUGUUGAGGAAGGCGCCUUCCAGAACCUCUCGGGCCUCCUGGCCCUGCAUCUCAAUGGCAACCGUCUCACUGUGCUCUCCUGGGCCGCUUUCCAGCCAGGUUUCUUCCUGGGCCGCCUCUUCCUUUUCCGCAAUCCUUGGCGCUGUGACUGCCAACUGGAGUGGCUGCGUGAUUGGAUGGAGGGCUCUGGGCGUGUGGCUGAUGUGGCGUGCGCCUCCCCAGGCUCUGUGGCCGGCCAGGACCUCAGCCAGGUGGUCUUUGAGCGCUCCUCUGAUGGCCUCUGUGUGGACCCUGAUGAACUGAACUUUACCACGUCCAGUCCUGGCCCGAGUCCGGAGCCAGUGGCCACCACUGUGAGCAGGUUCAGCAGCCUCCUCUCCAAGCUGCUGGCCCCAAGGGCCCCUGUGGAGGAGGUAGCCAAUACCACCUGGGAGCUGGUCAACGUCUCGUUGAAUGACAGCUUUCGGUCCCAUGCAGUGAUGGUCUUCUGCUACAAGGCCACGUUUCUCUUCACCUCUUGCGUCUUGCUCAGCCUGGCCCAGUAUGUGGUGGUGGGCCUGCAGAGGGAGUGACUGCCACACUGAAGUGACCCAAACCACUUUGGCCAAAAGGGGGAAGGUUUGCUUGACUGCCAUGAGUAACUGCCUGUAGUAACUGGAGAGGGAAUAGGAAUGGGAUUGGUAGUUAAAGUUCUUGCUGUGGGUGGAAGAAACAGUUUGUCACCAAAGAUGGCUCUAGGCAGAGAGCUCUGGGGAAUGCCACUGGAGUGGGUAUCAAUUUCUGCUUUUGUCACAUGGGCAUCCAUUGAUUUCCCGUCCCGUGGGACUCAGUUAUUCGUGGGUGCAAGGGGGACCGCAAUCCUGGGAGAAAAUGGGAGGAAGAGAAAAAGGAGCUGGAGACCAAGUAGAGGGUGCUAUCCAGGUCUCUGUUUAUUAGGCUGAAACGCCGGGUUUUAAAGCAUACAUCGAGGGGAAUAGGGAGGGGUUGAGGGGGAAUUAACAAAGAACAAAGAAGUGGGCAUCAGGGGACACAAGGGCUGAAGUCAGGCUCCAGGUGGCGGGCACUCUGCGUCUUAACUCUGGAAUUUGGAUCCUCCUUAACAACUUUGGGUGUCAGGCGGGCUCAGCACGUAACUCAUGUCCUUGGAAGUCUUGGGAGUCAGGAAGAGCUAACUAAGGAAGAGAGGACUACAAUUCAGCUUUUACAGCCUCAGGUGCCAGGAAGGGAACAGGGAGAAGGGAGUGACGACCGGCUCCUAGCACGAGACCAUUUGGCUUGUCAGGGUGGGAGAUUGUGAAAAGCUCGCUUUCUCAUGGUAUGGUCUCUAACACAUUGAAAAAGAGAAGAAUGAAUAUGGGCCUGGGCCCACAGGCCUAAAUUAUAUUAGGACUCAAUUGGCUAAGUACUAAGAACUAUGUCAGCUCUUCUCUGUCAGUAGCCCAUAAACCCAAUCCCUGUCUUUUCUAACAUGAUACUUCUUCCACACACCCCCCCUUUUAUCCCCAGGGACUUGGGGACAACAAGGUUCAGGAAGGUAGACAGGGCAUUAGAAAAAGGGCAUGGGAAAAAGACUUAGAUCCAAGACAGGCAGUUGUUGCUGAGGUCUGAGGUGUGCGUUUAGAGGCAUUUCAAACCAGUUUCAUUUAUUUUAUGCCACAAUUGAUCCCUCAGUAUAGGCACUGUCAGAAUUAUAUUAAUGUGUGUGUUUGUGGGCCACAUUUAUAAAACGCUAAAGUUAAAGUUAAACCAGUUUCUCUAAGCCUUUUCAGAGUCUUUCAAAUGCUAUUGUGAGUUUCCAAUGUAUUGUGAAUAUCCAAGGAAGCACAUAAUCCUCUUUUCUUAGUAUCUCUUUUCGUGGGAAGAGUGUCUGUUCCCACAACAUGCUCUGUCAGCAGCGCAGAGCAUCUCCAGCUGGGAUGGUUCUAUCAGGGAUGGAAGUUAUUGUGAGCUGCUUGAAUGGAGACUAACAGCCAGGAGAGUAGAAAUCAAAGACCUGUGUGUGAAGGGGACUCAGAUUCCCCAGGGUAUUCCCACUGUAUUCCCAAGGACAAAGCUCUACCAGCAUCCAUGUGAACGUUCAUGGAGUUCUGAGUGUGGAGUGUGUGAUGCCCAGUCCCACUCAGGGCCCCUGACACACCAGCUUUUCUCGUGGUCAUGUGGAAAAGAGCAGAGGUUUUGUCAGCUUCAGAAUCCGCAGCUCUUUAGGUCUUGGCCAUGAGGGUAACUGUUGGCAGGUUGCCUCUUAAAUGUUGUCUCCUGGGCUGGGGGUUGUGGGUCAGUUUUAUAGUGCUUGCCUAAAAUGGGAGAGGCCCUGGCUUCUAUACUCAUGACUGAAGAAAACAAAAAACUAGCCAGGCACCCUCUCAUUGUUGGCAGCAGAACCAGCCUGAGCUGAUUGCAGAAGUUGCAGGUUCCUAACGGGCCAUCAGGUGAUCAGGCCAAUAAACAUGCCACGUGUCUGCAAAGGAGAUGCUUGGUAAGCCUCAACACUGUGAGCAGUGACAGCUCUAUUUGUCAAUGUCCUGGAAAUAAAUGUACAGUUUUCAUGCUCUGAGUUCCUUUCUUUGUCUAUAGAGAGGUGAGUUUUCAAAACCCGCACACAUUAGCCUAGGCCAAGAUGUCAGUGGCAACAAUACUUUUUAAAAAAUAUGAUUAUUUUUAUUCUUUGAUAAUUUCAUCAUUCUUUGUAUGUGUUUGUGUGUGACAGGUUCUCACUCUAUAGCUGGCCUUUAAUUUUCUAACAUGACCCUACUCACUCAGCCUCCCAGUUGCUGGGAUUACAAUGGUUUCUAGUGUGUACACACACACAAUUAGAAAUAAUCUUUAAAAGCAAAUACAAAGCAUGAAGGGUCUAAGGAUGUAGCUCAGUGAUACCGUAUAUCGUGUACAAGGUUCUGCGUUCUAUCCUCAGCACACAACCAUACAAAAAACCCCAAAUCCAUGAUCAACACUGUGUUGUGUAAUCUGUAAUUUUUGCAUGUGCUUUUUCAAAUUGUGUGUAUCUGUGUGUAUAUGUUGCUAUAAUUUAUAUUUAAUGGCAGUGUUAUAGUUUAAAACUGUGAAAGCUGCUGGUCUGGAGUAUGGUCUUGUUUUGGUUUAGCUUUUAAAAUUGCAUAUUGUAGAGACACUCUCAUGCCUGUGGUAUGACAUGGGUGGAGGUCAGAGGAUAGCUGUGAAAGUCUGUUCUCUCCUUCAACCAUGUGGGUGCUAGAGAUUAGAUUGAAUGUACAUGGUCAGGCUUGGUGGCAAACAUCUUUACCUGCUGAGCCGUCUCACUUGCUCUUGAGCAUGUAUAGGGUUCUUUUUUUGGGGGGGGGGAACCCUUUAAUGAUUUUACUAUCACUUACUCAUUCUUUUGAAGUGUAAAGUGUCUUAACUGGAUUAUGAUUACAGAUCUUUUUUUUUUCACCGACCCACCCCUACAGAUCAUUUUUAAUAUACCAUUGCUACUAUAUUAAAAUUAUACUAUUUAUAUCUAAUAUUCAAAGAAAUUUACUAGUGAAUGCUACAAUAGGCAUCAGUCUGACAUGCUUAUUAUUUGAUCCCAUAGGUAUAAUUAUAGGUCAUGAUAAGAGUCUAUUCUGUCUCACCAAAUCAGGAACACUGCAUUUACAGAACAAAUAAACACACAUAGUGCAGACACCCAAGGAUCAUGCUAGCUCUUCAAUUAGCUGGCGCAGCUCAUACAUGAAUCCUCACUGUGUGAGCAAAAGUCAGAUCCAAAUCUUCAUCAGAAGGUGCUAGUGGAAGUUGUCAGACACCUUCCAAUGUAGGUCCCCAAGCCAAUGGCCAGCAGAUGAGACAGUAGCAGAGAUGGAAGGAAAACCUUCAGAAAUUCUGCUGAGAAAAUUCCCCCUUUCUUCAUAACGCUUGUGUUUCUCAUGCUGAGAGUAGCUGUGCGCUUCAGGUGUUUAAAAAGCAACUCCUUGGGGGGAAUAUUUUCUGCCGACUUGACUAAUCCCAUAUCCAAUCUGACUCUUUCUUCAAGAUACUUUCAACUUCUCUUCUCUCAAUAUAAUCUUUCUCGGAGUGCUGUUUUUCUCACCAAAGCUGUGGGUGUCUAUUUCAGCUCUGUUGGUAUCUUGUGGUGUCUGGGAGUGAGGUGGGCUGUCACAGUGAGAACUCUUGCAGUUACUUUGUCCAGAUUCAUGCUGGGCAUCCAGCAGUAUAUUUUUCCCCCAUGUCACCAUUAUAAAUAGAGACGGAGGCUGGAAUGCUGCUCCCAUUCCCAUUGCUGAAGUGCAGUUCUACCUAGGAGUCCUGAAGGUUCUUCUCCCAGCUCUGUAACUUGGUGGCUCGCCAAAGGAGCCUGAGCCCAACUGUGACAGGCCUGGGAGGCAGGCAGUCAUUGAGAGGUUGCAGGGCAGCCUGCACCGCUCAGCUCUGGAUGUAUGCUUUUAGACAAAGUUUACUUUGGGGGCUGGAGAGAGAUGGCUGAGUGGCUAAGGGUGCUUGCUGUGGAAGCAUGAGGACCUGAGCUCUGAUCCUCAGAACUCUUGUGAAAUGCUGUGCACAGUAAAUGAGCAUGCCUAUAAUCCCAGUGCUGUUGAGGGGAUGGGGACAAGAGGAUUGCUGGCACUGUCUCUCUCCCUAUUGUAUUAUUUCUUACUAAUAGUUUAAAUUUGACUCUCCCCUUAAGUACUUUAAUGUGUGUUACCUAAGAAUGAAGCUAUUCUCUUAUCAAUACCAUUAUUGAAAAUCAGGGUAUCUAUAACUGUUAAAAUACUAUUAUUUAAAAUAUACUCUUUGGGGGCUGGAGAUUGAGCCAUGCCUAACAUGCACAAACCUUGGGUUUGGUUUGAUCCCCAGCACUGCAUAAACCAGGCAUGGUAGCAUAUGACUGUAAGCACUCCCUGCACUGGGAAGAUGGAAAGCAGGAAGAUCAGAAGUUCAGUGGAAUGCUCAGUGGUAUAGCCAGUUCUUGGCCAGCUGGGCUACAUGAGACCUUGUCAAAAAAUACAAACAAAAACGUUCUGGUCUAGGAGUGUGGCCUAGUGGUAGAAUUGCCUAGCAUAUAUAAGGCCCUGGGUUUCAUCUCCAGAACCAGACACACAUUUUUAAAAAGUUAAAAAAAAUAUACUGUUGAAAUAUCAAUGACUGUGAACUAUUUGUUUUUAAAGUAGCCAUUUUCCUAGUGGUAGAAAAUUAAAUUCCUAAAUCUUGACUUGUCUUCAUUUAGUCACAGUGCUCAUAACUCUAAGCCUGUUCAUUGACUUUAAUGUUUCAGAGCAAACUGAUUCUUUGAAUGUCUUCCUUUCCAAACGUGAGAAUCUGAUGAAGUCAGAAAUGUUAUUUGCUCAACUGUGCAUUGUGGCCAUGGAGACUGAGUAAAGACCACUAGAGUCCCCUUGGGCAGGUCUCUGUGUUUGGGUAGCUAUGGAAGUCCACAGCAGACACACAGCCUAGGUUCCUGGGGAAUGAGGUGUUGCCUUGAGAGUAAUGUCCUUUCAUUUGGAAUAGCCUCAAAACUUUGCUCUAGUUCUGCCUAGGUUAGGUGGCCAGUUUUAAAUGAGUAUUUAUUUUGAUGCAUUUUUGAACAAAUAUCAACAUUAAAAUAGCCUCCUGGGAGACAGAGUUUUGCAGACAUACCUACUCCAAUAGAAUUCUGGGAAUGUGGGAGCUACUUAUUGCCAAAUAGACCCAGAGAUGCCUGAAUGGUAGCCUUUAUAAACUCUUGGAAGAUCAGAAAGUGAACCUUCCUCAUUAGGAAUCCAUUAAAACCUGUCCUGUGUGGAUGAAGCCCUUAGUGAACAUGUGCUAUUGACACUAGCACAGCCAUGUCAAGGACCCCAAGGCGGACCCCCCUCCCCAAGUGAGGCUCAGAGGGAUGGCAAGGCCUUUCUCAGGGGUCUGAGUGUGAAUGUUGGCAGUGUGUGCAGAAAAUGUCCACCAUAGCCUCUUCUACCACCCAAACAUUUACAGCCUGAAAACUGCUCCCCUACAAAGACUGCCCCUACUGAGAUUAGCUAUACCUGUCCCCUUGAUCUGUAUACUGUAUCCAAUAACCCGCCUCUCUGUUCAACUCUCUAUAAUAAAUAUGCCCAGCUUCUCCA